AUGCCCAAGUGGGGCGCGCGGCGGAGGCCCGGCCUCCUGCUCGGCGCGCUUCUGCUGAUCGUGUGCCUCCCGGUGCUCCGCAGGCUGAACUGGAGCGGCCUCGGCGCCUCGUUGUUGUGGCGCCGGCACCUAGGGCUGCGGGCCGAUGGCCAGAACUUCAAGCUGGAGAACUCGGCCUUCUGGAUCUUCGGGGGCUCCAUCCACUACUUCCGGGUGCCCCGGGCCUACUGGAGGGACCGGCUCCUGAAGCUGCGGGCCUGCGGCCUCAACACGCUGACCACCUACGUCCCGUGGAACCUCCACGAGCCGCAGAGAGGCACAUUCGACUUCUCCGGGAACCUGGACCUGGAGGCCUUCAUCCUGCUGGCGGCGGAGGUGGGGCUGUGGGUGAUCCUGCGUCCAGGCCCCUACAUCUGCAGUGAGAUGGACCUCGGGGGCCUGCCCAGCUGGUUACUCCGAGACCCUGAUAUGAGGCUGAGAACAACUUACAAGGGCUUCACGGAAGCAGUGGACCUUUAUUUUGACCACCUGAUGCUCAGGGUGGUGCCGCUCCAGUACAAGCAUGGAGGACCCGUCAUCGCUGUGCAGGUGGAGAAUGAGUAUGGGUCCUACAACAGAGACCCCGCCUACAUGCCUUACAUCAAGAAGGCCCUGCAGGACCGGGGGAUCGUGGAGCUGCUUCUGACCUCAGACAACCAGGACGGCCUGAAGAAUGGCAUUGUGGACGGAGGGCUGGGCGGGCAGAGGCGCCAGCUGACUCCUCCCUCUGGCGCACAGGGCACUCGGCCCAAGAUGGUGAUGGAGUACUGGACGGGCUGGUUCGACUCGUGGGGCGGCCCCCACUUCAUUCUGGACUCCUCAGAGGUCUUGAACACAGUGUCAGCCAUCGUCGAAGCCGGCUCGUCCAUCAACCUGUACAUGUUCCACGGGGGCACCAACUUCGGCUUCAUCGGAGGAGCCAUGCACUUCCAGGACUACAAGCCCGAUGUCACCAGCUACGACUACGACGCGGUGCUGACAGAGGCUGGGGACUACACGGCCAAGUACACAAGGCUCCGGGAAUUCUUUGGCUCCAUGUCAGGGGCCCCUCUCCCCGUCCCGCCUGCCCUUCUUCCCAAGACGGCGUAUGACCCGGUGACACCAGCCUUCUACGUGUCCCUGUGGGACGCCCUGAACCUCCUGGAGCUGCCAGUCACCUCGGAGCACCCGGUCAACAUGGAGAACCUCCCGAUCAACGGGGGCAGCGGGCAGUCCUUCGGGUACACGCUCUAUGAGACCACCAUCACCUCGUCCGGCGUCCUCAGCGCCGUUGUGCGUGACCGCGGACAGGUGUUCCUGAACACGUUCUUCCUGGGGAUCCUCGACUACAAGACGACGACGAUUAUCAUCCCCAUGGUCCAGGGGUUCACGACGCUGAGGAUCCUGGUGGAGAACUGUGGGAGGGUCAACUACGGGGACAGUAUCGACCAGCAACGCAAAGGUAUCAUUGGAAAUGUCUAUCUGAACGAUUCUCCCUUGAAAAAAUUCAAAAUCUACAACCUGGAGAUGGACAGGAGCUUCCUGCGGAGGCUCACUGGAGACAUGUGGAAGCCUGUCACGGAGCAGCCCAUGUUCCCUGCGUUCUUCCUGGGGGCACUGUAUGUCUCGGACCCCCCCUACGACACCUUCAUGAAGCUGGAGGGCUGGGAGAAGGGGGUCGUGUUCAUCAAUGGCCAGAACCUCGGCCGUUACUGGAACAUCGGGCCCCAGGAGACCCUCUACCUCCCCGGCGCCUGGCUGGACACAGGCUUAAAUAAGAUCAUGGUCUUUGAGGAGAAGAGGGCGCAACAGAUAAUCCAGUUCGUGGACACGCCCAGCCUGGGCCCGCAUGAGUACCUGCACUGA